AUGAAGAGUGAUAUUCCAAAAACACUUCAGAAAUUUGUGAGCACGAAGACUGUUCACCAGACAUGGGCAAAGACAUUUUUAUGCAAGCCACAGGCGAUUUUUCAACCAAGGACGGUGGAAGAAAUCCGGGAAUUGGUGGACCAGGCAAGAGUAAAUGGGAAAACGAUCAUGACAGUAGGAUCGGGGCACUCCCCCAGUGAUAUGACGAUGACAAAGGAGUGGUUGUGUAACUUGGAUAAGUUCAACCAGGUGUUGAAAAAGGAGGAGUUCAGAGGUCCGGCCAAAAAUGGAGAAGGAGAAGAGGUGAAGUUUGUGGAUUUGACGGUGCAAGCAGGGUGUCGUAUCUACGAAUUGAACCAAUAUUUGAAGGAGCACGAGUUGGCGAUUCAAAAUUUGGGGUCCAUCAGUGACCAAUCUGUGGCCGGGGUGAUCUCGACAGGUACGCACGGAUCUACUCAGUAUCAUGGGUUGGUGAGUCAGCAGGUGGUAUCAAUUGAUAUCAUGAACGCAGGUGGGAAGUUGAUAACGUGCUCGUCAGUCGAGAACCCGCAAUUGUUUAAGGCGGCCAUGCUUUCUUUGGGUAAGAUUGGGAUUAUAACUCAUGUUACGCUCAGAACGAUUCCAAGAUACACCAUCAAGUCGAAACAAGAGAUCAUCAAGUUUGACACGCUUUUGAAAAACUGGAACACUAUUUGGUUAGACUCGGAGUUUAUAAGAGUGUGGUGGUUCCCGUACUCGGGAAAUUGUGUUUGUUGGAGAGCCUCGAAGUCCACCGAGCCAUUAUCGGCACCAAGAGAUUCGUGGUAUGGUACAUGGUUUGGAAGGACUUUCUAUGAGUCCUUGUUGUGGGUCUCAGUCCACAUAUGUCCUCGUUUGACUCCAUUUAUUGAAAAAUUUGUGUUUAAGAAUCAAUACGGCGAUGUGGAAACUCUUGGUAAGGGUGAUGUAGCAGUGCAGAACUCUGUCGAAGGGUUGAAUAUGGAUUGUUUAUUCUCGCAAUUUGUUAACGAAUGGUCGGCACCUUUGAGUCUUGGUCAAGAAGUCUUGAUUAAAUUGAAUGAUGCAAUUCAAAGUGCCCGUGAGCAAAACAGAUUCUACGUUCAUGCUCCAAUUGAAGUUAGAUGUUCUAAUCUUACAUAUUCAGAAAAGGCAUUUGUUGAUGAUAAUGGCGAACCUUCAUUGUAUCCAAAUAAAAAGUGGUUGGCCAACAGAGAUAGACUCAGUCCUGGUCCUAUUCCUGGUAAUAAUUUGCGUCCUUACUUGGAUAAUUCUUCAAAUUUGAGAUAUGCUGGUGAUGACGCCGAAGUGACGAAUGAUCAAUUAUCGUUGUUUAUCAAUGCUACAAUGUAUAGACCUUUCUAUACUAAUGUUGACUCUCAAGAAUGGUAUCAAUUGUUCGAAGAUAUUAUGACUCAAGCAGAUGGCAAACCCCACUGGGCUAAAAAUUUCAUCGGUGUAAAUGGUGAACAUAGAACUGAUGAAGAUUUGCAAACUCAACUUGAAUAUGGUGGUAAGGACUUUUACAGUAUGAAGGGCUUUAAUCCAAUUUUGAAGAAUUGGUUUGGUGACAACUUGAUUGAGUACAACAAGGUUAGAAAGUCGAUGGAUCCAAAUGGCGUCUUUUUAAGUGGUAAAGACUGGGCUGUCAGAAAUGGUAUUUUAAUAGAUGUUUGA